UCAAAAUCAUGCAGGCACGUCUUGUUAAAAGCGAAUAUGACGUGAACGCAGAAAGCCAGCAAAUAUGGAAGGGAAAAGAAAAGAAAAACCUUCAUUUUCUAUCAACAUUUCCCUUUCUAUUCCAUAUAUGCAUCUUUUGUGUUAGAAUCAGACAAGAAACAGGCCCUAAAAAGUGGAGUAUUUUUCUUCUUCUGAAUGUUUUUAAGGAUUCUGUAUUAGGACUUUCUCCUCAUUGUUCCAAACAUCAUAUAUAUAUUCUCUUCCCUACUCUCCCUUUUUUGGGUCUAUCAAUCAAUUUCAUUUCAUUUUUAAUCUUGUAUCAAUUGUAGAUCAAUUAUAUGAUUUUUUCUAUAUAAUUGCUUUAAUUUUCAAAAUUUAUUUUCGUAGCAUUCUUAUUUAUUCAUUUUCUCUUGUUGAAUAAUUAGCAUUGUCUUCCUUUCUUUCUGGUUUUUAGGACUAAAUCAAAGUUGUGAAGCAUUGAUUUUAGGCUGCUGUAGAGAUUAGCUUAUAGGAGUACACAAUCAUGGGGAAGCCCACAGGGAAGAAGAAAAAUCAUGUAAAAUCAAAAACAAAUGCUGGAAAUGUGAAACAUAGUAGAGCUACUCCAGAGCAUAAAUCCAAAGCAUUUGAUGAGGACACAGCUGUGUUUAUCAAGAUGUCUCAAGAACUGAAGGAAGAAGGAAACAAGCUUUUUCAGAAACGCGAUCACGAGGGCGCUAUGUUGAAGUAUGAGAAAGCCAUCAAAUUACUUCCUAGGAAUCAUAUUGAUGUUGCCUAUUUGCAUAGCAAUAUGGCUACUUGCUAUAUGCAAAUGGGUAUUAGGGAGUUGCCAAAAGCUAUAAAUGAAUGUAACUUGGCACUUGAAGUUGCUCCAAAAUAUAGCAAAGCUUUGUUGAAGAGAGCAAAGUGUUAUGAAUCAUUGAAUAGGCUUGAUUUAGCUUUAAGGGAUGUGAAGCAUGUUUUGAGUAUUGAACCUAAUAAUUUGACUGCACUGGAGAUUGCAGAUAAGGUUAAAAGGGGAAUAGAAGAAACGUUUCUUAAUGUUGAAGAUAAAAAAGUAGUAUUACCACUUUUACUAUCUACUGAUGUUGUGAAGGAUAACAUGAAAAAGAAAAAGAACAAUAAAUUUGAUAGAAAGAAAGCUGUUGAGAUUAAGGAAGCUAAGGUUGAUGGGGUUGAAGAGAAGACAGAGGACAAGGUGGUUGUGGAGGAGAAGAGAAGCGUUGAGGAAGAAAAACCGGCGACAAGAACAGUGAAGUUGGUUCUGGGGGAGGAUAUAAGAUGUGCACAAUUACCAGUUAGUUGCAGUUUUCAACUUGUGAGAGACAUAGUUCAAGAUCGAUUUCCAAACUUGAAGGGUGCACUUAUCAAGUAUAGGGAUCAAGAAGGUGACUUGGUUACUAUCACAAGCACCAAUGAGCUCAGGUUGGCCGAAUCAUCUGUUGAUACUCAGGGUUCUUUAAGACUCUACAUUACAGAAGUUAGUCCAGAUAAAGAACCUAUGUAUGAGGCAAUGAGGGUUGAAAAAGAUGUGAAUCCCAGUAUUUGCAGAUCAACUAUAGUCGCAAAGGAGGGGAGGAAACUGGAUAAAGGGCCAACAUGCCCCCAAAACUGGAUUGUCCAAUUUGCAACGCUAUUCAAGAAUCAUGUUGGAGUGGAUUGUGAUUCACAUCUGGAUCUUCACGAGACAGGAAUGAAAUUAUAUUCAGAAGCUAUGGAGGACACUGUUACAAAUGAAGAAGCGGAACAGCUCUUCGAAAUUGCUUCAGCUCAGUUCCAAGAGAUGGCAGCUUUGUCUUUGUUUAAUUGGGGAAAUGUACAUAUGUCUAGAGCAAGAAAAGAAGUAUUUUUCACAGAAGAAGGUUCUGGAGAGUCGGUGUCUGAACAGGUUAAAUCUGCAUAUGAAUGGGCAGAAAAAGAAUAUGAAAUGGCAGAAAGGAGAUAUGAAGAAGCUCUUAGAGUAAAGCCAGAUUUCUACGAAAGCCUUCUUGCACUCGGUCAACAGCAGUUUGAACAAGCAAAACUCUCUUGGUACUAUUUGAUUGGUAGUAAAGUUGAGUUAGAGACAGGGACAUGUGCAGAGAUCUUGGAGCUCUAUAACAAGGCUGAGGAUAGUAUAGAAAGAGGGAUCGAAAUGUGGGAAGAGAUGGAAGAACAGUGUCUAAAUGGAAUCUCGAAACACGAUGAAUAUAAAGCUCAGUUGCAGAAAAGGGGUUUGGAUGGUAUACUUAAAGAUAAACCAGCUGAAGAAGCUAAAGAGCAAGCUGAAAACAUGAGGUCUCAGAUAUACCUGUUAUGGGGAACUAUUCUCUACGAACGUUCUGUUGUGGAAUUUAAGAUAGGAUUACCAACCUGGGAAGAAUGUCUAGAGGUUGCAGUUGAGAAGUUUGAACUAGCUGGAGCAUCUCAAACAGAUAUUGCAGUCAUGAUAAAGAACCACUGUUCCAACGAAACUGCUAUGGAAGGGUUCAAGGUUGAUGAGAUUGUACAGGCAUGGAGUGAGAUGUAUGAUACAAACAGGUGGCAAACUGGGGUGCCAACUUUCAGACUAGAACCACUGUUCCGACGUCGGGUUUCAAGUCUUCAUUCUAUACUGGAAAAUCUUUGAAGUGCAAAGCUUAUGAUACAUUAAAGCAGAGACUAUUGGUAUUUCCUCUACAAGUUUAUAUGGUGAUAAACUUCCCAAGUCAAUAUGACAGGGAAAAAAGCUCAAAUAGAAAGCUAUUGGUCUUUCUUAUAGAAGAAGCAGAAGCUCAAUAGGACUAAAUUUGAAGAUUAGAGCCCUCAAGAGAAGAAAACCAGACAGUGACAAAGCAUCAAAAAGCUCCUCAAGAAAAUGCUGCUUAACAUUAACUAGGAUACUCAGUUAGAACUUAGAAGAUAUUGAAUUGAUCAACUGCAGCAUUACCGAACCAAGAAUAUUCAGUUAUAGCUAACAUGAGAGGUUCCUUUUAUUGUCAGUAACAAAUACCCUUGAGGAAAGGGCCUUCUCCUUUUACCAACAUCUUCACAAGAACCCAUUUUUGUUUAGAAUCCUGGCUCAUUGAAAUUACAUCAUUGUUAUUGUUAUGUUAUUUCCCCAUCUUUACAGCAUAAACUGUGAAUCUACCAAGCAAUUGGAUGUAACUUUGCAUUACAUUCCAUAUUGCAUGGUAAUAAAAUUCUUCUUCAGAUUGUUAGGCUUGGUAAGUUAACCUCUUGAAAGUUUUUGAUUAAUGAGAUCCAAACUUAACUUGACAAAGCUAAGUCUUACAUAGCCUGAUGAUCCUAGUUUUGGCUGAUGAAGAUGUCAUAAGUUGAGAAACAUCCUGCGCUCAUAAUUUUUUUUACAUCAGCUGCAUAAGAACCUGCCUGUAUUGCUUUUGUUUUAUUGGUAGAGAGAUCAUAUGUAUUUGCUUCCAAUAAUAACUUAUCAGAUACAUAUUAGAUUACCUACUGUUGGUUAAAUGUAGAAGAUGAAUCUCCUUCACUGAGCAAAGCAUUUA